AACCACAUCAGCAAAUUCCGAAGAAGCUUAGACAAAGUUUGAGAGAGCCAAUUCCAAAAAAGAAAAGAGUUUUUCGCUGCUGUGGAAGGUUUCUUUCCUUCGAUAGAAAAUUUUUCUUCUCUCCGAAGAAAAGGAAAAAAAUCUCUCUGCGGCGGCGUAGAUUUUUAAUCUCUUUUUUGUCUUUGAAAAAGAAAAAAAUCUUGAAUUAAAAUGGCUCGCUCUUUCUCCAACGCUAAGCUUCUCUCUGCUCUCGUUGUUGAUGGCUUUUCUAACACUAUUACCAGACGUGGAUAUGCGGCGGCUUCACAAGGAGUUGCUUCAAGCGUGGCAAGAAGUGGUAAUUCAGGAUCAAGUAUGGUGAAGAAGCAAGGUGAGGAGAUUGUGGGGUCCACCGAGAAGGUCUCGUGGGUCCCAGACCCCGUCACCGGCUACUACAGACCUGAGAAUCGUGUCGACGAGAUCGACGUGGCUGAGCUACGUGCAAUUUUCUUAAACAACAAGAACUAAAAUUCAUGGCUUUUUGAGGCCAUGUAAAUGUAACAAACACACCUUCUUUGUCAUUGCUUGGAACCAAACCCCAAAAGAAGAAGAAAAAAAAAAAAACAGAGAAUUAAGGUUGGUUCUGACAUCAUCGUAGGACCACAAAGGAUUUUAAACUAUUGUUGUUGUAUCUCCUCUGUGGUUACGAUUAGCUAAUUGAAGGAAAUUGAAGGAUGUAACUUUUUUGUUUAUUUGUUCCAUUGAGGAAUGAAAUAGUAAUGAUUAUUGAUUAGUA